AUGGACAAGGUCACAAAAUGGAAGGUUGUGUUGGACAAUGGUAUAGUUCAAGUCGCCUUCUCUAUUCCAGAAGGCUACGUAACAAGAAUACGGUAUGGUGGCCUAGACAAUAUACUUGAUGCAAACAACAAGAUAUCUCAAAGAGGGUACUGGGAUACAGUAGCAACCAGUAAUAACCUAGACAACGAUGAACAAAAUAAAAUAGGGAUUGUAGGAUCAAGUUUUAAAAUCAUAAACAAAACAGAAGAUCAAGUGGAAAUUUCAUUUUUAUGUCCCCAGAUGAAAUCACCAUCACUGAAAGUAGAUAUCAGGUAUGUAUUACUUCGAGGCAGCUCUGGUUUCUACUCGUAUGCCAUAUUUGAACGUGAACAAGGAUCACCUACGUUGAAUGUGGCUCAGAUAAGGACUGUUUUUAAGCUUCAACCUAAAAAUUUUCGUUAUAUGGCAAUUUCGGAUACCAUACAAAGGUUAAUGCCUUUGGAACAAGACCGUGAGACUGGUCAGACUUUGGCCUAUAAAGAAGCCGUUCUCUUGACAAAGCCAACCAAUAUAAAGUUGAAAGGACAGGUUGAUGAUAAGUAUCAAUAUGCUUGUGAUGACAAAGAUAACAAGUUACAUGGGUGGAUAUCCACUGAUGAUCGAAUUGGAAUAUGGAUGAUAACAGCAAGUGAUGAAUUCCGAAUGGGUGGACCACUUAAACAAGACCUUACAUCUCAUGUUGGUCCGACUAUGCUUGCUAUGUUUCAUAGUACUCAUUAUGGUGGUCUAAAUUUAAUAAUGAAGUUCAAGGAAGGGGAGGCAUGGAAAAAGGUAUUUGGACCAUACUUUGUGCACUUAAAUUCCCUUCCUGCAGGAAAAGGAGGUCAUCAAAUGCUAUGGAAAAAUGCAAAAGAUCAGAUGCUCAAGGAAGUUAAAAGUUGGCCUUAUGAUUUUCCUUUAUCGAAAGAUUACCCUAAGGCUAAUGAACGUGGAUCAGUCGAGGGAAGAUUGCUCGUUAGUGAUGGGUAUUUAUCUAAAAAACAAAUACCAGCAAAUUAUGGGUGGGUUGGUUUGUCUGCACCUGGUGACGCAGGAUCAUGGCAAACAGAAAUGAAAGGUUAUCAGUUCUGGACUCAAACUGAUCAUGAAGGAAAGUUUCUGAUCAAAGGUGUUCAUGUUGGCACUUACAACUUUUAUGCAUGGGUUCCAGGAUAUAUCGGGGAUUUUAAAUCUGCAUCAAUAGUCAACAUUCAAUCAGGGAAACAAAUUAGUUUGGGGGAUCAAGUCUAUACACCUCCACGAAAUGGAGAUACACUUUGGGAAAUUGGAAUCCCUGAUCGUACUUCAGCCGAAUUCUUUAUACCUGAUCCUAGACCAAACCUCACCAACCCAGUGCUUUUCCUGGAUGGGUCAAACAAGUACAAACAAUAUGGUCUAUGGGAUCGAUACACUGAUCUUUACCCGAAGGAAGAUCUUAUUUACACUGUUGGUGUUAGUGAUUUUCGAAAGCAUUGGUUCUUUGCUCAUGUACUUAGGAGGAUAGGAGAUAAGUAUGAGUCAACCACAUGGCAGAUUGUAUUCCCCUUAAAGGAGGUUGUUCCCAACAGUAACUAUACACUACAAAUCGCACUUGCAUCUGCAACCGAAUCUGAAUUACAGGUUAGAGUCAACAACCCUAACAUCAAAUCUCGUCCUAUUUUUACGACAUUGCUGAUAGGCAGAGAUAACGCAAUUGCAAGGCAUGGAAUACACGGACUAUAUAUUUUAUAUAGCAUAGGUCUAAAAAGUGAGUUACUUAAGAGUGGAAAAAACACAAUUUUUCUCACUCAAUCUAGGAACAAUUAUGAAUUUCGAGGAAUUAUGUAUGACUACUUACGUUUAGAAGGACCUUCAUUUAAGUCGUCUCUUAGGAAAACGUUGCAAGAACUUUAAAUAGUUCUUUAGUUAAACGUAGGAAGUUGUAAUGUUCCACCAAUUUCAUCUUCUACGAAGUCGGCGCGCAAGGGUAAAAAGAAUCAAGAAUGCUUUUCUCUUGAAGACCUUUUAAUAUUUGGUCAAUAUUAAUUAUUUACACAAGUUUUUGUUAGGACGAAGUAUUUUUAGAACAAGCAAUUAGUUAAUUACUUGUGUAGCAAUUAUUGUUAAUGUAGAACCAUGUUUAAUUAGUUCUUAAUAUUGAUCUAAAUAUUUAAUUAGUUGGUGUACGUGGUAUUGGAUUAAGAUUGAUAAGUAUGUGUUCCUUAA